CAUGCGGUCGCACGAACAGCUGCACGAGCGCAAUACAGCUGCUUACUAGAAGAAAGUUGCAUACUUAGGAGCCUUGAAUGAUUACGCCUUGGUUGUUUUUCAAAAUUAACACGAUAAUUCACUGGACAUACUUUGUUUUUGGAUAUUUAAAGCUGAUAUUUUAAACUGAAGAGUGGGAUUUGAGGUCUCUUUUCAUCAUGUUUAUUAUUAAAAUGCGGUUCUUAACAGAUCGGUGACUGUAACGUUUUUUUUUCCACACUGGAUAUUUCGGAUACGUAGCUAAAUAUCAAUCAGGAUCAGCUGGCUGCGUGUUUAAAGUGACUCAGCCCCUCUGGAAUAAACUAUCCUGCAGCGGAGAGAGUGUGUGUGUGUGUGAGUUUGACACAGAGAGACACAAUUGGAUGUGUGCGCACGAUGCGCUCGCGGCUUCUGCUGCUGGUGCUCGCGGCGCUCGCGGCGUGUCUGCGGUCUGGUCGCGCGCAGGGGAAUCCUCUCCCUCAAUCUCUGGUGGAUUUAGUAAUGAACAGCCCAAUCUCAUCGGUAGACGAUCUGAAGAGACUUCUGGACGUAGAAUCCGUAGAGGAAGAUGAUGAAAAGCCGGAGAAUGAAAUUCACACAAAUGGAACACACAAACGUCUUCCCCGAAGCCUUAUUGUUCAGGUAGCCCAGCAGGCGAUGUGUAAAGUGAGGACAGAAGUUAUGGAAGUGACCCGUGCGAUGUUGGACAGACGGAACGCUAAUUUCCUGUUAUGGCCUCCGUGUGUGGAAGUCCAGCGAUGUUCUGGUUGUUGCAACACACGCUUGCUACAGUGCGUGCCAGUCACCAUAGAAACACGGCAUUUACAGAUGACGAAAAUCCAGUUCAUCAACCGACAACCAGUCUACGAGAAGGUUAUCAUUCCUGUGGAGGACCAUGUGACUUGUAGCUGUCAAUCACAAGUUUCUGUACACUCCCCACGGCUCCAGACCACACCCCUUCCCCCGCCACGGCUCCACCCUAAAGUAUCACCACCAAAGACCCAAUCAAAAGAGGAGCUCCAUCGCCACGAUGAACUCAAACACAAUCAGAGGUUCCACCUUGAGGACAGAGAAACUCAGGAACUACAAUGGCAGUCCAAAUACACACUUGUGCACACACAGGGCUACCGACAAACAUACCCACAUACGCUGACACACACACCCGCAGUGGCAGCUUAUGUAAGUAGAGGAGAUGUUCCAACUCGACAAACCACAUUGGGAGCUCCACAAAUGAUGAGUGACUCAACAGAAACAGAAGUCGAACAACAUCACGUAAAAUCAGAAAAUCAUACGCUUCUCGGCAGCGGUGACGACACAACAAAAAAAACACCUACAGCGGAACAGCAUUAUGACCAACAGCAACAGGAGAAUCAACGUCCAAAACAUCCCCAAACUACACCACAGCAAACAAAAUACAAUCCCUCUCAUGAUUCUGUCCAGUCAGAGCACAGUAUGCCACACAGCGUCCAAUUAGACGGUCUUAGUCACACUUACAGCCACGUAGAGGUGAUCGGCCAAUCCAGUGGCUUAUCAGAAGUACUUAGUCAUCACGCUGACCAAUCAGAAGUCAGAAAACAUCACCACCACCAAUCAGAAGUAAGUAAUCAUCAUCAAGGCCAGCAAGGGCAGGAAAUGGAACGGCAACAAGAAGAAACACAACAUCAUCUUCAUCACCAACACCACAAACAUCAUCGUCAUCAUCAUACUACGCAAGCAUUCAGCCAUCAAGAAACCAGCACACAAAAAACAGUGACAAAUGCACCUCAGACCACGCCCUCCGCCCCAAAGAUUCCGCCCCCCCUCCAGCCCCCACGGAAGCGGCGACGGAAACAUCGGAAGAGGAUCAGCAAGGCCUCUAUGAGAGCUAUGAUAAUGGUAAUGUCAUGAACAAGACCAAGAUUCUGAACUGCUGCCAAAGUUCUAGGAGGAACCACAAAGCUGCGAGUCAAGGCAGAGACACGCAGGAUAUAGCAGAGACACACUGGAAAUAUCUUUUUAUAAUAACUGGAAAUAUCUUUGAUCUUUGCCAAAUAAGCUCCUAUAAACUACGUUUCCCAUCAGCCAUUGCCGUCCUUGAAGGCCACCAGUUCUGCGGUCUUUGCACUAUGGGAGCUGGCCGUACUCAGGAUAUCCUGUGAGAACUGACUUAUUCCCAUUAGGACAUAAACAAAGCCUUCCAAAUGGUAAGACAUAUCACAAUUAUGGUCUGCCAAAUAUACAUCAUUCAGCAAACUGCCAAAUUCUGUGCAAUAAUUACUUGAACUACUGUUUUGCCAAGAACCGGGGUCCAAUCAAUGACUGGCUAUUUUGGGAACUAAACUGGUCCUGAUUCGUCAAAGUAGCCUCCAAACUGACAAUAAAUGAUGUAGACCCAAUAUGGGUCGGGUUGGAAAAGAACUCUGUUACCUAUUGGAGAAACUACUGGAAUAGCAACUGGAAGUUGCAAACUAGAAGUUAAAACUGGAAUACGUUCCUAGAAAUUGCAAGGACUUGGAAUUUGGACUCUCAAAGAGCAAAGCAACUGGAGAGAUGAAGCUCAGGACUUCCAGAGAGUAUGAAAUACAAAUCAUAACUAUUGCUAAUUCAUCUCAAAUGGUAUAAUCUGUACAUUUGCAAGAUACUUAAAUACUCCAAGUUUAUUAGAGAUCAAGAUAUCAGCUGGCUAGAUAUGGAGCUUGGAAAAGUGUGGAGUAUAUGCACUUACAAAUCAGUACCAUGGUAUUAUCAUGGAUUUUUGGACAUGGUACUUUUGUAAUACCUUUUAAAUAGAUUGGAGUUGAAGCUUGGAGUACCAUGAACAUGUAUUUGAUAAUCCAUCUGAUACCAUCACUGUACCAUGGUACCGCCACAGUAAUUUUUGUAAGUUUUAGGAACAAUAUUUAAAUUGUGCGAAAACACUGGAAUAUCGUACACUGGAGGUUAUCAAAUAUGGAAAGCGCUAAACUGUUAUGUUGCUAGAUGCAGUUAAUGUAACAUGAUAAUGCAAAGUCAAAUAGGACAUAAUUCAAUAUAAGAAUAAAAAUAAGAACAUUGUGUUUUGCUGUCAUGUUUACAGUGAAAUACUCAAUCCUGUAGGGAGCGGUAUGGAGUACUUCGUCAUUUUACCAAUGCCUGCUAUUCCCAAACUCAAUCUGUCUGUCAUUGAACUGCUUCUGGAAAAUUGUAAAGCUAUAAAAUAACUGUUUGUAAAUGAUGCUUUUGUGGCUUUUUCGUAACUUAUUUAUAAAUGGUAGAUGCGCUACUCAUCUGCUUCCAAGAGUAAUUAAUUGUUAUUUGUUAUAAUGAGAAUUAUUGUUAAUAUUAUGAUGCUAUUUUAAUAUAAAUAUAAAAC